AUGGAGCAUGCCGAGGCCAGUGAAGCAGGCGGUUCCAUGGCGGAUUUUGAUGAAAUUUUAAUGGAGGCGGGGUAUACCCAAGCGGAUGCUGCGAAUGUUGCCAGCACUAGCAGAUUAGCGGCGUCUCAGAGCUCUUUGGCGAAACGACCGAGAAUCUCUUCCUGUUGCUCUGGGUCAUCGGUAUCGGAUGGAUCCUUCCUGACCGCCACGCAGCAACAACAAGAUCAAGAAUUAUCCUCUGCCUCCUUUUCAUCUUCCAGCAGUGACGAUCAAGACAGUGACUGCGAACAACAGCAUCAUCACCACCGUGAUAGUAGUAGUAGUAGUAGUGAUCUGGAAGCCCAAUUGGCCACACCCGCCCCGGAACAUGUCUGUGGUGGCCACCAGUGCUGUCCCGAGAAUUUCGAGAACGAAUACGAUGAAGACGACAACAACAACAACAAUGACCUCAAACUCCCCGCAGCGCAGGCGUCUCUUGAACAACCUGCCGCUGUACCAGAUAAUUAUCAUCAUCAUCUUCAUCGCACGAUGGGACGCAGCAAGGAUCAUCACACCAACGUUCCCAUCAUCCCCUUGACUUCUCUCCAAUUGCUGGAAGAAAAAAAGCAAAUUGCCAUUAUCGAAGAACAAGAACAACCAGACACUAUGGAGGAUGCCUUGACCACUUCCACUACGGGCAAUGACCAAGAGUCGGUCGCUUCCGCACAAUCCCUCGUCUCGGUCGUGGCCGAACUGGUCGCUUAUCCCAUCAAGGUAUUCGCCGCCGUCAUGGCCGAUUUGAACACGGAACUCAUUGCCAGUAUGGGGACCCAUAAUAUUCCCUCUCGAGCUGAAUUCAUCAGUGCCACCAUUUUACUCAAAGAGGCUGCCGAAACUUACGACGAAUUGGGAUUGACAUUGGAACGCCAACUCAAUCGCACCAGUGGCAACCAAGUACUCGUCGUGGCCGAAAUUGAUCCCGAAGGCCACUGGCGGGGAUCACCACUUCGAGUGGGUGACCGCAUCAUCUCCAUCAAUCACACCAAUGUCAGUCAAUGGGAGGUGGAGGAACUUCACUCGUUCUGGAAGAAUCUACUGUUGGAUAACAAUGGCGGUGGAAAUAAUAAUAUCUGUAGCAGUGCCAGCACGGGCAGUACCACGUCGGUGGAAACCAUCACCUUGGUGGCACACAAUCCCACUGGAGAAGGACAAUGGGUUGCCGCCAUGGUUACCAAACCGGGUCCAUCGAUACGCACCGGAUUGGGAAUGCGAUCCAGUCGACCGGGACGGGUCAAGAUUUCCCGGGUCGGGGGACUCUUUAGUGAUUCCCUCUUGAAUCCGGGAGAUCAAAUUCUAUCGAUCAAUGGAUUGGGCGUUCACGGAUACAACAGUGCCGACACGGCCAAUGAAAUUUUGCAGAGCCCCAAGUACGUGACGGUUCUCGCCAAGGCCGAUUCGCGAGGGGCUUUUGUCAUUGCCACCACGGAUCGAGAAGCCAGUACCCGAUCGUUGUUGUUGGCGGCCGAGCAAGAAGAGUCGGUCGAUGAAGAAUUUGCCAAUGAAGACGAUGAAUAUGAUGAGGAAGCAGCACGACGACAAGAGCGAAGAAUCAAAGAACGUUGCGACAAUUGCGGAUGUUUGCGAGGACAUUGGACGACUCUCCGGACGCUCCAUUGGGCCGGAACCAUUUACGUCCUUUUCCUCACGGCACUGGGUAUCUACGUUUGUGUGGACAAUCAAUUGAAUUUGAGCAUGGUCAUGGCCGUCAUGGUCAUGUCGGUGGUCCUGUUGAACAUGGUGUUCAUGACCACGCGAAGCAUGAAACGAAGACAAAUGGACCCCUACGGGAGUUUGCAUCCCAGUCGAUAUUCCAUAUACCAAUUAUCCAGCAAUAUCAUCUUGCUCGCUGCAUUUUCCUUUUUGUUGAUCAUGUGGCGGAGUUUGGGAUACACGGCCGUCACGUCAGAAUUUAUUUUGGCGGUGGUGAUCCUGGUCCUCGCACCCAUGUUGGUGUUCGUCAACAUGCCUUCGUGUUGUGUGCUUCCGCCAGAAUUCCCACUGGCGCCGGCGGCCGAAGAAGAGCCUCGAGAGGCAAGCCAACAAGACGACGACGAAGAAGAAGAGGAUUAUUUCGAAGACGAGAGCGGUGACGAGGUACCGUUAGCUGAACCGGAAGCAGUUGCAUCUUUGGAAGCAACACCGUAG